GCACACCGUCGCCGAACAGUCGUGGGACUCCGGUUCUUGUCGUCUCGUCGUCUACACGGUUACUGCAUCAGCUCCGCCCGCGAGCACAAUCUACGCCGCACACACGCACCUAGUGAAUAACUAACCUAACAAGAAUAAUAAUAAUACGAUAUACAUCUCUUCUUCACGUUAAAAUAAUAUAGUCGUUAUCUGCGCGAGUGGGUUUCGUGAUUAUUGCAUAGCUUGGUAUUGGUUUUUUUUCAAAUUGUCUUUUUGUCGCGUUCUGUUCGUCAAUUUUCGCUGCACGCAGAUCAUCGGCCGAAGAACAAAUACGUAACAACAACAUCGCAAUAUAUACCGUAUAAAUAUAUAUUACUAUAUAGUUGUAAUAACAAUAUUAAGCUCACAUCUGUCGCCCCGCGGCCUCGUUUCAAAUACACGCCGGUGAGUGUCCGCCGUCCGGCUAUCGUUAUCAUCAUCGUCAUCGUCGUCGUCGACAUGGAGACAGAUAGCAACAGCGACGGCGAAAUGAUGCCGGCCGCCGCGCAGAUGCCACCCUACAGCCGGGCCAACAUCGAGCUGCUCAUCAGGAGACACCAGGCCGCUGUCACGGCGCUCGGGCUGGCAUUCAACGGCCCACCUCACCAUCACAGGCCGAUGAUGGCAAACGCGGCCACGUCCGUGCCAGCGCCCAAGCACCACACCAUCGACGCCAUCCUCGGACUCAAGCGCAACGACCACAAAGACCAGGAGUCCGGAGGAGAAAAUAGCUGCAAUUCUAGUGACACCGAGCAAAACCGUCAUCAGUCCGUGCCGUCCGACCAACACAACGUAAUGCGCGGUGGCGGAUGCGGAGGCAUUGGUGGAGGCGGUGGAGUAAGUUCCGGAGGAGGUGGUGGCGGUGGUGGCGGUGGAGGAGGAGGAGGAGGAGGAGGAAUAGGAUGUGGUGGUGGAGGAGGAGGACCUCCACAACAGCGUCGGUCAGCCGACAUGGACGACAUGAGCGGCGGUGGAUGUGGCGACAGCAGCGACGGUGAACCGGACGAUGAGCAACUAUCCGGUGGCCGGGCGAGCGCGUCACCCGCGGCCGCGGCCGGUGGCAUGUCACCGCCCGACAAGAAAAAGCACCGUCGGAACCGCACCACGUUCACCACCUAUCAGCUGCACGAGCUGGAGCGAGCGUUCGAGAAGUCGCACUACCCGGACGUGUACAGCCGCGAAGAGCUGGCCAUGAAGGUCAACUUGCCGGAAGUCAGGGUCCAGGUGUGGUUCCAGAACCGGAGGGCCAAGUGGCGCAGACAGGAGAAGAUGGAGGCGGCAAGACUGGGCCUGAACGACUACGUGCACUCAACGAUGACCGGUUCGCUUAGCCGGAUGCCCGGGUCCAGCCUGGCGCUGCCCGUCGACCCGUGGCUGUCACCGCCGCUGCUGUCCGCGUUACCAGGUUUCUUGUCGCACCCGCAGACGGGUUACCCGAGCUACCUGACGCCACCGGUGGUGCACUGCGGCCCGCCGUCGUCCGCACAGAAGUCGCCGCCAUCACCGCAACAGCAGAUCACCAUCGCCACGCCACCGUCGUCGUCGUCGAUGUCCACGUCUUCAUCGUCCACGGCGUCCACUGCCGACCCCAGGACAUCGUCCAUAGCUGUACUUAGGCUCAAGGCUAAGGAGCACGUAGAGUCCAUCACGAAAGGCAUGCAAAUGGUCUAGAGCCCCCCCGCGAUACUUCUUAUGUACUUAGGUAUACCGCCGCAACAAGAAUAACAAUAAUAAUAAUAUAAUUGUAUUAAGUCCCGGAUUCAUAUUAUGCAAAACAAAUUGUCGAAUUUGCACGUAUUUACGUAUAAAGCAUAUGUACAGAAUAUAUAAAAAAAAAAAAAACACUUGAAUAAUGAUUAAUGGUAAAACGUGCAAAUGUUUAUAUUAUAUAACCCAAAUUCAAAUAAUAUUAUAAAAAGAAACCAAUCAGAUAAGCAAUUCGUUUUCAAAUAAAAAAACAUCUGUGGCAUUGUAUUUGGAACAAAUCCUUAAUAUUUUCAAUAAUUGUAUAUUUUAAUGUUUACGCAACUUCAUAUCCAUGCUAUGCGGAACUAUGCAUUGUCUAAUAUGAUUUUUUGUUCUAAUUGCCGAAAAUAUAUUGUUUAAGCUUUAGGAUAUAUACUGCGUGAAACAUAUUAUUAUAUUAUAUAACAUAUUAUAAAAUUAAUAUUAAUAUAUAAAAUGUUUUGCAUUGCAUUGGUAUGAGCCCUGAUUAUUAUUAUUUACCCCCCCGCGACGACUAAUAUCGUUGUCAAGGGCAGUAGUUUUAUUGUAAGUAAAAUACUAAUAAUAAUAAAUAAAAUAACGAUAAAACCGUUCGAAUAGUAUAACAAUAUGACUACAAAAAUACUAAUCGUUAUCGUCGAGACUUGAUUGCGAUGUUUACGGUGCUAUGAACGAAUUAUUUCUGAGUAGGUUAUGUCACCGAAGUCAUCACGCCCACUUUCGCAUUCCACACAUUUUAUGUACAUAAUGAAUUCUAUUGUUAUUUUUGUUAUUAUUCGUAAAGUUGACGGUUCCCAAAUAAAUGGUAAUAUUUAAGAAAUAUUGUAAUCGUAAAUAAAAUAAAUAUAUACCUAUUAUUAAUUUUAUCACUAUUUCAAAAUGUAUACUGUAUUAUAGGUACACUGAAAACCAGUGCAUUCGGAAGUCGCUCGUGUAUUUACUUAUGUUUAUGCAUAUUAUAUACAUAUUAUUAUUAUACUUAAUUGGAUAUUGUACAUAAAUCGUAUAUAUUAUUAUAUAUUAUAGUAUUAUAAUUUACUGUUCAUCUAAAUAUAUUAUAAGUUAUAACCAUAAGAAUUAUUAAAAAAUAGAUAUUAGAAGUUUUGUUGUUCUUGGUAUAUUAUUGUAUAAAAUUAUUGUAAUUUCAUAAAUAUUGUUUUUGAUUAUAUUGAGCUAGUCAUUUGAAAUUUUUCUUUUCUAUCAUUAAAAUAAACGUUGCUGACCACUG